GCUAAUAUUUGGAUAGAGACAGAAGAUUUAUUCUUUCCAAAAGAGGUUAGGCUACAAUCGCUAUUUAUCAAUUAAAACGUUCAUAGUUACUCGCGAGUCUAUAAAAAAAAAUGCCGAUAAAAUAUAUUGGUCGAACAACCACCUUCAAAGGGAAACCCUUAUGGGAGAUCUUGGCAAAUUUGAAAAAUUUUGGUGUAGGUAGAAUGGUAAUUAGAAGUCGACAACAACGAUACCCCGAAGCAUGUUACAUGCAAAUACUAAAAGUAGCCGCGUUACCAAAUUUCGGCACUAACCCCCAUGAAUCACGAAGUGUGGCAGCUCUUGUUAGAAGAACUUUCCGAGGUUACACUGAACCAACCCCUGUUCAAAUAGAACAGGUCUCCUAUAAGGCGGAUUAUGUUUUAAUACCUAAAGACCAGGAGCACCUCUUUCUAAACAGAAAAGAACAACCAGCCAAGAGAGUUAUGCCAAGGACGACAAGUUUUCCACCUCUUCUGAAAGAAUUGUUAUACCACCAAGCAAAACAAGCAGGGCAACCUCUCACAGAAGAACCUAAACUGAACCUUAUAUAUAAUUUAGAUGGCAUUAAAUUUUACAGAGUAGCAGACGAAAACGAAACCCCUACAGUCGAAGUCAAUAUAAUAGAAAAAAAGACUAUUUAUUUGGACGAAGAAUCCAAAAGCCAAUCGUAAAUGCACUUCGAUACAUUAUACGCGUAUCUAAUUUAAUAAUUUAAUAAAAGAUGAAAUGUUUUUCAUACAUCCGAACCAAUUCACGUGUCGACACCAUUUUGUUGUUUUAAAGCGUAUCUUUCGCUCUCGCGACGUUGACUUUAUUCGUAUAAAGCAUCCGACGAUAUUUUCUGCAACGAACCGAGUCAGCGUCCACCGUUCCAUAUUCACCAUCUGUGACCACAUUAAACCGACGAUUAUUGCAUUUAAGUGUAGUUGUCACGUUUACAAAGUACGUACUUGAAACAUGAAUUCCUUGCUGUUGAACAAUGUCAGUUUCUUUCCCCAACAAAUUUCUCGCAGCUAUAUUCUACCAUUAUAAAAUACAUGUGAACCAAUGGAUAUAAUUGUGUUACGAUGUACAAUAGUGUGAUAUGAUAUUGUAUAUUUUGCUAUGUAGCAUGGUACGGCAUAGUACUGUAUAUAUAAAGAAACGAUCCAAUAGAGUA